AUGGCACUGGCCACUCAAUACAUCUUGCCACUGCCAAAAGUCGUUCGAGCGGCGUUAAUUGAUCUCUACUGCCCCGAGGAGCACAAGGCUGCAGUGACGGAAAAUCCAUCAAACCAAGACUGCCUUGCUCGUAUUUACCUGGGCCGAAGUCGUUUACCCAACGCACCCAAGUCUCCCAACUUUACGCUCCGAAAUUUCAAUCUUCAUCUUGAUCAGAUGAUGGAGCUGAAACUGCCCAUCUUGGAUUAUUCCAGGGCCAUUGGAGAAGCACUAGCCGUUAUCCACUGGCGUGCAAAUAUCGAUGCAUAUGAUAUCGAAUUUGUUCUUGGCAGUGAAGCGGAAGCAAUCCAUCAUCCAGAACCGGCCACCGUACCUCAAGUUCGAAUGAAGGCAGAGGAAGUGGAAUCAAUGCCUACACAUACAAACAUUGAUGAGAUUGUAUCCGCCAAUUUCAAGCAACGGCCAACGAGGCUCUGGGUUUUGGACUUCAACCUGUGUUCAAGAUGGGAUAUGGCGCAGGUUUUCUCAUCUGGCGGCGAAGAUAAGCUUGUUGAGCACCUGGCCCAAGCAUUCCUUGAAAAUGACCCGUACUAUCCAAGGCCAAUAUUAAGUUCGGGAACAAAUGGCACAGGCGUGGACCAGGUCCGAAUUCAGCUUUGGAAGGUUUUCAGUUCAGCUUAUUUGAAUAAAUCAAAAGCUGUGCUGGCCGGCUCAACUAUAAAGGGAGAUCAGAAAAAACGCCUUUUAGAGCUGCCACAGAGUUUCAUUGCUCGUUGCAUCGUCGGCGCCGAACUUGGAUAA